AUGUCUAAUGUUAAUAAUACAAAAUGUUCUCUUUGUUUAUAUGUUGAGUCUCCAAAUGGCCAAAUGAUUAAAUUAUUUAAUUUAGAUUCAAUUUGUAUGGUUUUGGGGUUUUCUAAAAGGAAAAAUUUUAAUGAUAAUCCAAUUAUUUAUUAUUCUUUUUAA